AUGUCCACUAGGCUUCCAACCGUGAUUUCAAAUGGAACAGCGUUUAAAAAAAUCCCCGUGCAACUGUUGCUGAAUAGCGGGUCUACAGCACCAACUGCUUUCCCUGACUCUAUUCCAGCCCGCCCAAGAACCGGUAUCACUAGGACUUGCGGGCAAUGCGGGGAAAUCAAAACUUCACUGCAGUGGAGGGAGGGCCCCAAUGGCGCCGCCUGCUUGUGCAAUGCAUGCGGAUUGUUCUUUAGAAAACUAACGUUGCGGUUCGGUAGAGCAGCGGCUAAAACAUACAUGGAGCAAAUCAAGGGAACGGCCGCCAAGAGAAGAAUCCCCAAGGAACUCACCGGAACGGUCAGAUUUUAA